AAACAGCGUAUAUAUUAAUACUUCUUUGAAAGUUUAGACAGGAUGAAAAGUCACUAUGCCGAAUAUAUUUUAAUUUUUACGUUCUUGGUUCCUCAGGUUUGGACAGAAUAUUCUUAUAUAUGUGGAAAGAAGUCGUCAAACCUUAAAUGUAACCAGAACGAAACAGUUGACAUAAAUUAUGUGAAUUUUCGUUUGUGGAGGAAUGGAUGUCCUACUGCUGAAGAUACUAGUUGCAGAAAUCAGACACGAUUGAUAAAAGAGAAAUGCAGUACCAGGCAAAACUGUUCUUUGGGCGAAAGUGACUUCAAUUCGUGUAACAAGCAACCUAGACGUGUGUUUGUGGAAUUAUACUGCAUAAAGAAAAGACGGUGGUUUGAUAGGCAGUAUACCAAAACAGUUGAAGUGUGCGGUUCGUUGUCUGUAAUACAUUGCGAUGGUAAGGAUGUGAUUAGCGGAUCUGUUUUCUGGUUGUAUAAGAUUGAAGCUACAUGCGAAGACGUAAAAGAAAUCAGCAACUGCAUAGCGAAAAUUCUACAUUUGUGUGUUGGCUAUCGUAGUUGUGACCUCAUAAAUGUUAAUACGGAUUGUUUUUAUUUAACUUUGAGGGCACCAAUAACUUACAGCUGCAACGGAGGAACUGGUUCACCUACAACAACAGUAAACUAUGCUGGAAAUAAUAGUUAUUUUGAUAAAGAAGACGUGUCACCAAGUACAAUUGUUUUUGAUAUGAUAAAACCGCCAAAUACAGGCGAAAUUGAAUUUGUUUUGGAUGUAGAUUCAGAUUUCAGACUGUUGAUGAUAAACAAGAAACGAAACACAACCUACUCUCUUUGUGCAAACAAAUGGAAAAAUGAGUAUGCUAGGUUUGUUUGUCGCCAUUUAAAUAUAUCUGAUGACGGGAUUGCCGGUGAUAUUCGAAGGAGUACAAAACUAUCGCGAAUAGGCUACGGAGUUGACUGUCCUGUUGAUAUUACGGAUUUGUUUGAAUGCAGGCCAGACAAUACCAAUGAUUCACGAGAGAUCUGUGACUCUAUCGGAGAUGCAACUGUUAAGUGUUACAAUUUGUGUAUCAAAAGUAUAGCUGGAGGCGCUUCACUCUUUGCAAUUAUUAUUAUUUUUCUGUUAGUCAUUAUCUAUAUCCAGAGAAGAAAAUUGAUAAAAGCUUCCUACACAACAUUGACAGUUCGACGAGAUGAAAACAACUACAACGAAAUACCACAUCAAAUGUCAGACCACAUGGCAGAACAUUACUAUGAGGAAUCGCCAUUAUCGGUAAUACCUACUUCAGAAGGUCAAUCCGCAGCACAUCAGAAAAUAAAUCAAAUACAACACGUUGAUACAUCCGGAUGUCUUAUCCCUUCUGACAUAAUGGAGACUGGCGGAGACCAUUAUCAAUCAAUCGCAAACUGAAUGGGAAAACGUUGCAACAUAUUUUUUGUAAAUUCAGAUUUCGAAUAUAAUAAUCAUCAUGUAUUUCAGUUUGUUUAUAUAUGUUGUCAUAAUUUAUUAU